CGUCCCCAGUGCCAGAAGCUGCUCAAUCUUAGCGACGGCCCUGUGUCCUAGCGCCCCUCGCUGCGCCGCGCCAUGCCUGUCGUCGCCCGCACACCGCCUUCUUCCCGCGCGGACCCGCGCUUGCUCCGUGGAUGCCUCCGUCGUGCACCGCCGUCGCAGUAGCCUUCUCGCCCCCACCCUAGGCGCCUCCACUCGUUGCGCCAUCGCCGCGUAGGCGAGGACUCCCAUUCGCGCUAGUUAGAGAGCGUCGUCCUUUAUAUAGGCCGUGCGUUCCGCUCUCCGCGUCACCGCGUUGGUCCUCGGCGCGCGACUGCCGGGGGUGCGUGCGGCAUGGCGGGGUCGAAGGCGAGCGUGCGGUGCGCGGAGAACGAGGCGGCCGUGGUGUACCUGCAGGGCCGCCAGCGCGAGCUGUGCGGCGAGUGGGACGGCGCGCUCACCCGCGCCUUCCGCCUCGCCAUCGCCAGCAUCAGCGACCACCCCCACGCGCUGCGGUCGCUCAACGACGCCAGCAAGCUCAGGAACGUGGGCCCCGCCAUCCAGCGCCAGCUCAAGGCGUUCUUCGCCGCCUCCAAGCCCACCGCCCGCCACCGCCCGCCCACGCCGCCAGCCAAUAGCGCGCCGCCAGCUGGCAGCGACUCGGGCAUGGCGGUGGGAGGAGGGGCGAUGGAGAUGGUUCCCCUGGGAGGUGAUGAUGUGGCACAUCCCAUGGACCAAUCAGCAGCCGCCAUGCCGGACUCCAUCCCCCGCAAGCCCCCCAAGUACUCCCCCAAGCGCGGGUCAGCCGCCUACACCAUCCUCAUCACGCUGCUGCUGGAGAAGGUGAGGGGGCGGCAGUCGGUGCCGGUGGCGGAGCUCAUGGCUGCGUCCAGAGACUCCAACCUGCUCUCCUCCGUCAUCAGGUUCCAGGUGCCCACCAGCGAUCGCACCACAGGGGGCGCGCCCCUGCAGCUGUUUGCGUGCGGGUGGAGCAGCAUGGAGACCCUCGCCAAGCACAACCUCGUCCUCAAGAUCGCCCACCCGCCCAGCUACACGUUGUCGGAGGAGGGUCAUGCCGUGGCGGUGGACUGCCUGCGGCGCUCCAAGAUGCCGCUGCCACCCGCUGCCGCCGCCAUGCUGCCAGGUCAUAGCGCUGGGCCCCCAGCGGCGGGCAGGGACGGCGGAGCAGCGCCUCUGGCGAGACAGGCAGUGGAGUGGUCGGCCCACACCCUCAACGAUUCGUCCAUCAUGCUCGACCUGCCAGGCAGCGUUGGAGCGGAGGGUGCGGAGGAGUGGCAGCUGCCGCCGCUGGGGCCAGCGGAGCGGUUCACAGAUGCGUAUGACGUCAUCAUCUUCAUCGACAACCGCGAGAGCGAGUGCCACGGGCCUGUGUUCGCCAACCAGCUGUCCACGCAGUUCGGCCUCGCCACUGAGGUGGUGCACGCGCUGCCGGCGGGCGACGCGAUGUGGGUGGCUCGGCAGCGGGGCGGGGGGCGGGACUACGUGCUGGACUUCAUUGUGGAGUUCACACGCGCGCACGACCUCUGGAUGGCAAUCAAGUCCUCACGCUUCCGCGACCAGCGCCUGCGCCUGCAGCGCUGCGGCGUGCGCCGGCUGCUGUGCCUGGUGGACGGCUCCCUCGACGACCUCAUCGCCCAAGACCCCAACCGCGCAGCCAUGAUCCAGGCGGAGAUGCAGGAGGGCGUGGACAUCCAGCAGACGGCAUCCCUGCAUGACACCAAGCACCGCUACCUCGACAUCUCCACCGCGCUCGCGCGCCGCUACAACGACGCCGCCGCGGCGCUGCAGCAGCUGCAGCAGCAGCACGCGCAGCAGGGCAGCACGCCCCCCGUGGCGGCAGUGUGUCCGCUGUACAGCGAGUUCGUGGCCACGUGCCGCGCCGUGCAGAGCGACUCCGUCGCCAACCUCUUCGGCCACAUGCUGCUGCAGGUGCGGUCGGUGACGGUGGACGUGGCCAUCGCCAUUCUGCGCCGCUUCCCCUCGCUGCGUGCGCUCAUCAACGCCUACCACCUCAUGGAGGGCAACCCCGAGGGGCAGUGGUUGCUGCUGACGCGCAUCACGGUGAAGGGGCGGCGCAUCAGCGAGGCGGUGAGCCGCAAGGUGUACGAGCUGGUGUGGACCUAGGCGGGCACGGGCCGGCUGCCACUGCACAACAUGCUGCAACUUGCAGCUUGUACAGUUUAUCGUAUUGCCUGUUGUGUGUUUCAGCGGUUGAGCGACAGUGACCCCCUUGGUCAGGCCUUCAAAUGUGUUCCUUCCUGCACGCCACACCCUCCUCGCUCCACGCCACCUCUAACAGCCUGCCUCGGCAGCAGUGGCAGGCCAGGAGUAAUUGAGGCAGUAAUAAUAGUGCUGUAUCCGCAUCACCUACGCAUUUAGCAGAGUGUCUAACCCAUGUA